AUGAGCCCAAGCGGCCUGGGCGCUACCGCUGGAUUGUUGAGUUCCCCUACGCUGGUUGGUGAGACAGCUGGGCCGAACUACGGAUCUUUGACAGUUGGUGCUGGUACAGAUGGUACUGGUGCAGUUGGUGCUGGUACAGAUGGUGCUGGUGCUAUUGGGACUGGUGCAGUUGUUGUGGGACCGGUUCAGGGUGGAGACCUGAGUAUACCUGCUGUUGCCGAUGGGCAGACAAAUAGUGGUGUGCUGGGCAGUGGAGACCCUGGUGUUACUGGUGGCCUGGAGAUGGAGCAGGUCAAUGACAACUGGCCAGUGGUGGAGAAACAUAGGGUUUUGGAGUCCAGCAAUGGUGGCUUGGAGACUGCACUGGCAGCCGAAAGAUUUGGUGCAGUGCAGAUGGUGCAGACAGCCAUGGAAGGCACUGCAAAUGCUGGUUCGCCGACAGCUGCGUCGCGUACAACUGGGCUGGAAAUGAGGUAUGUCCAGACUGGAACGGGCGCAUAUGGAUGGAUGACAAGGCUGACGGACUUUCUGCGAGCGACGACGACUGGUGGUGGCAAUCGCCUUGGAAUUUCUCCCCGCCGGAAGAGCUCCAGGUGA